UGCAAGUCCAUUUGUGUUCACAGCAUUCGCUUUCCUUCUCCCUGGAGCUUUGUUUGAACGUCAAUGCUCGAUCCUUCUAACUUGCUCAUGUCUUCAGAUCGCCAAGAAUUCUUGGACACGUCUUCCAAUACGGCAACUGACCAGCAACAUCAGCAAGUCCAGCAGUCCCAACGGAUUGCUAUGAACAACAACAGUCAGAAUCAGCACCAAGCCAUGUUCUUGUCUUCAUCCCAAGCUUCUGUACCGCAAACCAGCAACAUUGGUAUCGCUACGAACCAAACCGGUACAUCUCUAUCCAACAAUAAUAACGCCAGCACUAACGAUGCUCAACAACAAAACCUGAACAUUGCGAACGAACUCAAGCGUUUUCAACAGUAUCAUCAGCUUAGUACUGGCAGUGGAGGUGGCAACGCUCUGCUCAUGCCAACGGGUAGCCAGGCUUCCAGUACCGUCCCCAAUCCGGCGGCUUUUUUGCAGUCCAUGCUGGAUCAAAAGGUUCAGAAUCCUCGUUUUGAAGAGCCGUUACGACAAGCCAAUGCGCCUGCCACGCAAAACAACAUGCUUCCGGUUGGGUUUCUUGCCGAUAAUCGAUUCUUGAUGACGCCCAACCAGUUUGGAAUUCCCAACUUUACUCAAAACCAGUCUCAACAAGCACAAACAGGAUCAGAAAUGCCUUUACCUUCGCCUCAUUCACUAUUCCACCGAGACGGCAGCCGCCGAAUGCGUGGCGGCGUCAUUGAACCUUUUCCGGAAAAGCUCCAUCGGUUAUUAUUGGAGGUAGAGGCUGCCGGUCGCGGUGAUGUUAUCUCUUUCGUCGUCGGCGGACGGGCCUUUAUCAUUCACAAGCCUGACAAGUUCUUUAAGGAUAUAGUGCCGCUAUAUUUUCGCCAGUCGCGGCUGAGUUCAUUCAAGCGGCAAUUGAAUUUGUAUGGGUUCGAACUAAUCAAUACAGGACCCGCACGUGGAGGAUACUACCACGAAUUGUUUGUGAAAGACCAUCCCGAUAUGUGUCGCCGAAUGCGGCGUGUGGCUAUCAAGCUGGUGUCCAAGUCAGGAGACCAAGACACCGAAGGGGAGAAAAAGGCUCAAGACGAAUCGACUCUGCACAAUAACACUAGCAACAGUGGCCCCUUCAGUGUAGGGGCACCGGGUGGCAAUAUCGAAUGAGAAAGUGCAUUUUGUUCCAAGUCUCGAAAAAAGAAAACUGUGCAGUGUCACUGUAUAUUAAUUCAUAGAGUCCCGUAUAAAUACCAUUGAAAAUCAGCAUUGGCUGUGAUC